AUGAACACUGGAUUAUCAUUCUCGUCGUCCACAAUAUAUGGUGGCUCUGGUUUUGGUGGCAGCGGUGGCGGCAAUGGGUUCCCGGGAAGAAACGGCAACAACGUCGACUACAACCAGUUCAGGAUAGGGAUCUUUUCCUUUGGAAUCAAGGACGAUACUCAGACAGAGCCCGUGCUGGUCAUCGACAAGCGCCGAUGGCGGUGA